AUGUACACAGAUCAUCAGAGUACUGAUGAUCAGUGUGCCCUGAUGAUCUGUGUAGCCCCAGCAGCGCCACCUGUCAGUGUCCAUCAAUGCCAGCUCUCAGUGCUCAUCAAUGCCACAUACCAGUGCACAUCUGAGCUGCCUUUCAGUGUCACCCAUCAGUGCCAGUCAGUGCCACCUAUCAGUGCUAUCAGUGCCACCUAACAGUGCCGCAUAUCAGUGCCAUAUAUGAGCGCUGCCUUUCAGUGCCCAUCAUUGAUGCCUGUCAAUGCCAAUUAGUGCCACCUACCAGUGCCUCCUAUCAGUGUCCAUCAAUGCAGCCUAUCAGUGUCCAUCAAUGCAACCUAUCAGUGCCCAUCACUGCAGCCUCAUUAGCGCACAUCAGUGAAGGAGAAAAAUCACUUAUUUACAAAAUGUUAUAA